AUGCUCAAAUCUCAAAGACCCAAUUAUAUUUUACUAUGCCCAAAUCUAAUUCUAGAUUUAUUUGUGCCAGAUACAGGAGAUCUCUUAGUCAAUCCAGAAAAUGGUUACGAAUGGGGCGGCCAGACAGUUGCCCAUGCGCCAGUCGGGAAACAAGCACAGAACGCUAUUAACAUCAUCAACGCUGUGCUGAUGAGAAAAAGUGCGGUGGCGCAGCUGACCAAAUACGAUUUGAUGCUCGGAGUCACUAAAGCGGAAGCUUACUUCGCAUUCAGCGGUGACGAUGUACAGUAUGGGAUAGAAGCGGACAGAAGAUCGAAGAUUCUCAAGUCUUUUGUCAGAAAUACGUAUAGCUACCAUCUUUCUGAGAUAUUAGCGACGAUUAUAAAUGAGUAUACGGAUUGGGAAAAACCUGUUCAGCAUCCAAUUAACAUCAGAGAUGAAACUUUAGAAGCACUUAGCGACGCCCAAGUCGUAGCUCCAAUGGUGUUGACAGCCGACACACAUUCAGCGCUAAGAAGAAAUUCGUAUCUAUACGUUUUCGACUACCAGACGAAGUACGGUGAUUAUCCACAGCGUCAAGGCUGCAUCCACGGGGAGGAGCUUCCGUACAUAUUCGGUGCGCCCCUGGUCGGUGGUUUGGCUCACUUCCCUAGAAACUACACGAAAGCUGAAGUCGGCCUGUCUGAAUCCGUCAUGUUAUAUUGGGGAAACUUCGCUAAGACUGGCAACCCUAAUGAAGCUCAAGAGACUGAUCCUAUAAGAGCUGGAAGACAGGAGCGAGUUAGAAUGAAGAACAUCGAAUGGACUGCCUACGAAGCUGUUCAUAAGAAAUAUUUGAACAUUGACAUAAAGUCAAAACUCAAGAACCAUUAUAGAGCGCAUAGACUUUCAUUUUGGUUGAAUUUAGUACCAGAUCUCCAUCGUCCAGGAGGCGAAGAUGUACCGCCAGCUCAUCAUCAACUUGAAAAUGAGGACAACUCGAUCCAGCCAACACCCAAGACCUAUAGUCCAGCCUUCAAAAAAACAACUGACGUAAUAGCUGAUACAGGACUUGCCACAAAAAUACCAGUUCUAAACGUUCUUAAUAUAACCUCAUCGUUAAAUUUCAAUAUCGUAGGAAUGAAUAGUGUUACUCAAAGUACUGCCAGUGAAGUACAAAAAUCUGAAACCACAGCCGCUAGUCCGCCCGAAGAUGGAUUCGCUGCCUAUUCCACAGCGCUCAGCGUGACAAUAGCAAUAGGAUGCUCAUUACUCAUUCUCAAUGUGCUUAUAUUCGCCGGAGUAUAUUAUCAAAGAGAUAAAACAAGGAUGAACGGCCAAGACGGACACAAUAAUGGAUCGCAUCUAAAGAAACGCGUCGAAAAUGGCCAGAUGCCAAAUAAUAUUUGCGGCGAUCUCGAAGGAGCUUUAUCGUAUCAGACCAGUCUGAAAAACGAUCCCGCGACAAUAUUGAGCCACCACCACACGCAUUCACAUCACCAACUGCCACCGCCAGAGUUUGCCGAUUUACCAGGAAACAACGUGGCGGGCAUGGCCACGCUACCAAGAGCCCCACCGCCACCGAAAAUAGGCAAAACUAUAAACACACUAGCAAGUGGUCAGCUACAGGAGAACCAGCCUUUGUUAUCGGCGCAUCAGAUGCAGAUAAUGAACACGAGCACUUUAACUAAGAAGAACACGCAGAUGAAUGCAAAGUCGAACGUCACGAUGGAGGAGCUGCGGGUGUGACGUCACAGGGCCUGACUGCAGCGUGCGGGCAGCUGCAGUGACGUGGCCCACCACGACGAGAUCGUGUGACUCGAACCCGACCUUCUCAGGUGCGUCGCAGAUUACAUAUAGAACUACAACGUCUCUGCACCACCUGAAUUCGGAAGGUUUAAUUUUAGGACUCACAUUUCCGAAAACUCUAAUUCGAGUGAAGUGUCAAAAAUUUAUAGUGAAAAGUGACAUUAGAUAAAUAAUCAUAUCGGGUUAAUGGACGUUCGUGAACGAAUUUUUGGUACUGAUAAUGUUGAUGUGUAUAUUGGAUGUAAAUAUAAUAUUAUUUUAGGGUUUGUAAAUAUAGCUCGGCCGCAUAUCCAUUCUAGUUAAAUUGUAACCUCAUCUAGAUUUAUCGGUACCUCUUCGGCUAAUGAACACACGCAAAGAUACAAAAAAAAUUGAUGUUCUAUUAAUUAUGAAAACUGGUUGUAUGUGUGUACUUACAUUCAAUAUAAUUUUUCCUCUCAAAAUAUUGAUUACGUUGUUAUGUUAAAUUCGACUCAGAAGAUA